UAAAAAACAAAAAUUGUUCCCAUAAUAACAAUCCCAUACUGAUAUUAUUUGUCACGUACAAAGUUAUGUACAGUAUGCAACUUGCAGUGAAAUAAAAUCGCCCCGCCCACUGUCAUCGUCCCGCCCAUUGACAUCGCCCCGCCCACUGGUCCAUCGCGUGCUAUGUAAUCCACGGUUGAAUUUCAUCAUUCGCGUUUCUGCAACUGUUGUGUACGCUUCAGGCUACCGUAGUGCAGCAUCAUCUCUAUCUCAUCCAAGGUAAAACAAAAAAAACAGCAUGUGUGGUAUAUGGGCCUUGUUUGGCAGUGAUGAGUGCCUGUUAACUCAGAGCAAAAGUGCCAAGAAGAUCGCACACAGGGGUCCGGAUGCUUUCCGUUUGGAAAAUGUCAACGGUUUCACCAACUGCUGCUUUGGCUUCCACCGUUUGGCCAUUGUGGACCAGCUGUACGGGAUGCAGCCGCUACGCAUUAAGCAUUUCCCUUACCUCUGGCUCUGUUAUAACGGCGAAAUCUACAACCACCAUCGGCUGAAAAAGCACUUUGAGUUCGAGUACCAGACCAAAGUGGACGGGGAGAUCAUCCUCCACCUGUACGACCGCUUUGGCAUUGAGAAGAUGGCGUCGCUGCUGGACGGCGUGUUCGCAUUCGUGCUGCUGGACACCGCCAACAGGAAGGUCUUCCUGGGGAGAGACACAUACGGCGUCAGACCUUUAUUCAAGAUGCUGACUGAAGACGGCUUCCUCGCCGUGUGUUCAGAAGCCAAAGGUCUGACUGAGAUCGCAGACUCCAUGUCGAACUCUAAGGUGAAGAUCACGCCGUUCCUUCCAGGCCACUUCGAGGUGUUUGACCUGAAGCUUAACGGAAAGGUGGAGUCCAUUCAGCUAGACCAGUUCCACCACUGCACACAAGAGCCCAAACAUGCUGCUUACGAUGAUAUCGAGAACCUCGGCAAGGGUUUUACGCUGGAGACGGUAAAGAGCAACAUCAGGAUCCUGUUUGAAAACGCUGUGAGGAAGCGCCUCAUGGCUCACAGGAGGAUCGGAUGCCUACUCUCAGGUGGUCUGGACUCCAGCCUCGUCGCUGCUACACUUGUUAAGCUAGCUAAAGAGGAGCAGCUGCAGUAUCCCCUUCAGACCUUUUCUAUCGGGGCACAAGACAGUCCGGACAUCUUGGCUGCACGGAAGGUUGCAGACCACAUAGGCAGCGAUCACCACGAGGUGAGUUUCACCCCAGAGGAAGGCAUCCGCACUCUGGAGGACGUUAUAUACCACCUGGAGUGUUACGACAUUACCACAGUGCGAGCGUCAGUUGGCAUGUAUCUGAUCUCGAAAUAUAUCCGAGAGAAGACGGACAGCGUGGUGAUCUUCUCCGGAGAGGGAUCUGACGAACUGACGCAGGGCUACAUCUACUUCCAUAAGGCUCCGUCGGCUAAAGCCGGAGCGGAGGAAAGCGUGCGUCUGCUGGAGGAGCUGUAUCUGUUCGACGGGCUGAGAGCAGACAGGACCACGGCAGCACACGGGUUGGAGCUGAGAGUUCCUUUCCUGGACCACAGGUUCACCGCCUACUUCCUCUCUCUGCCUGAGGACAUGAGGACACCUAAGAACGGCGUGGAGAAGCAUCUGCUGAGGGAAGCGUUCAAAGGAAUGAAUCUGAUCCCAGAUGAGAUUCUGUGGAGACGUAAAGAGGCUUUCAGCGAUGGUCUGAUGUCCGUGAAGAAAUCCUGGUACACGAGCCUGCAGGAGCACAUCGAGUCUAAGGUGAACGACUCUGACUUGGAGAACGCGGCCUCGUUGUUCCCCUACAACACGCCCACUACCAAAGAAGGCUUCUUCUUCAGGCAGAUCUUUGAGAAGCAUUACCCUGGACGUGUAGAAUGGACGCCGCAUUACUGGAUGCCUCGCUGGAUCAAAGCUACCGAUCCGUCGGCCAGAACGCUGUCCAUUUACACACCAGAUAAAGACCAGUAAUCUGAUAAAGCUGUAAAUCUACUGUAUCACAUCAAGCCUUUCUCACAUAAACACCAGGGCCUGAUUUCAUAAAGAUGCUCCUAGUGACUUACUGUAACUCUUAUAAAUGUUGGCGUUUCCCCUUAAAGUUCUAGUAAAGAUAAAAGUUAUUCAUAAAGCACCUUAAAUCUUAAAAGAGCUCUACAAGCCAAAUAGUGCGAGAUGAGAAAAUGGCCUGAUGGUAAAGAGGGAGAAGAAAUGUGUUACGAUAUUUAAUAAGGAUAGUGAGUUAAUAAGACGAUACAGAUUAGAUCGUGUAGGGAAGAUUUUUCAUUUGUUUACAUUUAUAACAUGUAUUACAUGCAGAUGUUAGAACAUCUGUAAUAUGAUCUCGGUCACGAACAUAAUCCCUACAUGAUACUGUAUAACCUCAGAUACCUUAACAUAGAGACAAAGUGAAGUCUUAUAAUAGGCCAGAGUAUAAAAGCGAUCAGUUCUUCAUCCAGCGUGCCUUUUCUAACAAAACUGAACGUUUCACAUCUUUAUGAUGUCAGGAAUGACGAUGAGUUCCUGCUGAUUAGUUUCCAGUCCCAGCACUUCUCAGUGUGUUUUAUUCCUCUUAUAUAGAUAUUCCUCUUGCUGUCAGCACUUUUUGGUAUUUCUGAUAGUUCAGACACUGGAGACUCCUUUCUAAAGGUUUUAACAGUAAACUUCAUUUUUUUCUCUCUCUUUCUUUUUCUCUCUUGUGCUCUCUCUUUCUCUCACUUUCUCUCUCUCUUUCUCUCUCUCUCUCGUGCU